AUGAACGAUUAAUUCAACCAAGCUCAUUAUGACAUAAAACAGGAGAUCUAACAUUAUGAGCAUGACUUGGAUCACUUUUGGACAGCUUUAACUGGUGCCGUCGUUUUGAUUAUGCAGUUAGGGUUUGCAUUUCUAGAGGGAGGGUGUGUACGAUACAGGAACAUUCAAAGCAUCAUAAUCAAGGUUUAUGCGAACACUGCCAUAAGUAUCAUUAUGAUGUGGAUUGUUGGAUAUGGUUUAAUGAUGGGUAAGACCAAUGACACAUAAUUCAAUGGAAUAAGUGGAUUUGCAGGAUUCAGAUUCAAGGAUCAUCCUGAAUCUUAUGCUGAUUUUAUAUUUAAUGCAGCAUUAGCAGCAGCAGCUAACAGUAUUGUUUCUGGAGGAGCAGCUGAAAGAAUGUCUAUACCUGGCUAUAUUGCUCUAAGUGCUUUAUUCUCUGGUUUUAUAUAUCCUAUUUGUAUCCAUUGGGCAUUUAAAGGAUGGUUAUAUGAUUUGGGUUAUCAUGAUUUCGCUGGAAGUGGUGCCAUCCAUCUAACAGCUGGAAUUGGAGCUCUUGUUGUCACUUAUAUGCUUAGGCCUAGAACAAAUAGAUUUAAUCCCUAGUUUGAAUCUUAAUUUAAACCAGCCAAUACUACUUUUAUUUGUUUGUCUUGUUUGACUUUGUAUAUGGCGUGGAUGUGUUUCAAUUCAGGGUCUACCUUGGCCUUAUCUGAUGGUUCAGUUUUUACAGUUGGAAAUUCAAUUGCUAACACUAUGGUCGGUGGUGCUAGUGGAGGAUUGUUUGUAUUCUUCUAUCAUUACUUUACUAAUCGAAAUACCGAUAAUCAGUUUAGUUUAGUGAUGGUUUGCAAUGGAAAUUUGGCAGGCCUUGUAGCUGUAACAGGAUCUAAUGAUGAAAUUGAGUAAUGGGCAGCCUUUGUAAUUGGAAUCAUAGGAGGAAUAAUAUAUGUGUUGGUGGCAAAAAUAUUACAUAAAUUACAUAUAGACGAUCCUGUAGAUGCGAUUCCUAUUCAUGCUGGAUGUGGCUUAGCGGGGGCCAUGUGUCCAGGAUGGUUUGAUAGAAGGAGAGGAAUAUAUUAUGAAUAGGGAGCCUAUUAAUGGGGAGUUUAAGUGCUCGGUUGUGUUUGCUUUGUUGCGUGGUCUGCUGCUUGGCAUUAUGCAGCUUGUAGAAUACUAGAAAAGAUGGGUUUGCUUAGAGUCAAUAAUACUAUAGAAUUAGAAGGGUUGGAUCCAACCAUUUGUGGAGGACAUGCUUUCUUUUAUGAAUCUAUUAGAGAAUAAGAAAUGAAAGAACCUUUUUCAUUUUAAAGAGAUGUUUAACAAUAAGAAUAGGCAAAACUCAAUGAGAUCGAAUUUGAUGAUAGAAACUUGUCCAUUAUCAAACAGGGUGAUAAAUGA